AUGCUCAUUAUCUAUCUAUCUAUCUCAGUAUUCAUUAUCUAUUUAUUUUAUUGUUCCUUAUCUAUCUAUCUAUCUAUCUAUCUGCAAUCAAUUUGUAUCUAUUUAUUUGAACCUUUCUUAAUCUAUCUAUCUAUCUAUCUAUCUGAGUGUGUUUUUCUUACUAUCCCUCUCUCUCAGCCUGGUUCUAUCUAUCUAUCUAUCUAUCUAUCUCAGCCUGGUUCUAUCUAUCUAUCUAUCUAUCUAUCUAUCUAUCUCGGUUCUAUCUAUCCCGGUUCUUUCUAUCUAUCUAUCUAUCUGAGUUCUGGUUCUAUCUAUCUAUCUAUCUAUCUAUCUAUCUAUCUAUCUAUCUAUCAUACCAUCUAUUCACAUCAUACUCAUCGUCUGUCCAUAUCUAUUUACUUGAUUCUUUUCAAAUAUAUCUAUCACUCUAUUGAUUGUAACCCAAUUAUAUCUAUCUAUCUAUCUAUCUAUCUAUCUAUCACGAAGCGUGAUGUUGAAAACUUUCAGAAUAAACUAGUCUAA